CCCGUGACGUAGCUGUGCUCGGUGUGGACCGGGCUGCGCCUCUCUCCGGUCCCGUCUCUGCUCAGAGCUGCGGUGAGACUCUGUCGGGGUGAGGUAGCUCGCGUCCUCCCCCUUUUCUCCAUCGCGUCUUGUUUUACUCUACGCGGUUUGUCCUCCUCUUGUCCCGGACAUCAGUGAAGUGUCCCCACUUCGGAGGGAAGCCGGUCGCUGAAGAAGAAGAAGAAGAAGAGGAAGGGGUGAGGAGGAGAGGAGGAAAGAGCUCGCUGUGGUCCCUCUCUGCUCCGGAGAAGAUGCUGAGGGUGGUCGGGCUGUUGCUGGCUGGAGUGUCUCUGGGGUUGAGCUCCGCUCACACCAAAGUGAAUAAACACAAGCCGUGGAUAGAGACAUCAUACCAUGGGGUGAUAACUGAAAAUACCAACAUUGUCCUGCUGGAUCCUCCUCUGGUCGCCCUGGAUAAAGAUGCCCCCAUCCCCUACGCAGGGGAGAUCUGUGCGUUCAACAUCCACGGGCUGGAGGCUCCGUUUGAGGCGGUGGUGCUGAACGGGACGUCUGGCGAGGGUCAGCUGAGGGCACGCGGCCUGGUGGACUGCGAGCUACAGAAGGAAUACACCUUCAUCAUCCAAGCUCACGACUGUGGUUCAGGCCCCGGGGGUGCGGAGGGCAAGAAGUCCCACAAAGCGGUGGUGCACAUUCAGGUCAAUGAUGUGAAUGAGUUUGCCCCUGUGUUUCGGGAGUCCCAGUACAGAGCUGCUGUUACAGAAGGAAAGAUCUACGACAGCAUUCUGCAAGUAGAGGCCACCGAUCAGGACUGUUCCCCUCAGUACAGCCAAAUCUGCAACUACCAGAUCACCACCACUAACACUCCUUUUGCUAUUGAUCGAAAUGGCAACAUCCGAAACACGGAGAAGCUGAGCUACGACCGCCAGCAGGAGUACGAGAUCCAGGUGACGACCUGGGACUGUGGACAGAAGAGAGCCUUGCACAGCGUCCCAGUGCACAUCAACGUCAAACCCGUCUGCAAACCUGGCUGGCAAGGAUGGAGUAAACGAGUGGACUAUGAGCCAGGAACAGGCAGUAAGCAGCUGUUUCCCACGAUGCAGCUGGAGACCUGUGGUGAGCCUCUGUCCUUAGUGAGGACCACUGUGGAGCUGCAGACCAGCCACAUCGGGAAGGGCUGUGAUCGAGAGACUUACUCAGAGAAAUCUCUACAGAAACUUUGUGGCGCCUCAUCUGGCAGCACCGACCUUCUCCCCGCCCCCAGCACGGCCACCAAUUGGACUGCUUCCCUGGUGACUGACAGUGGAAGGGACACUGACUUGAUCUUCAGGUUUGAUGGUCAUCAGGCUGCUAAAAUCCCAGACUGGGUGGUACCCCAGAACCUGACAGACCAUUUCACCAUAGCAACGUGGAUGAAGCAUGGGCCCAGCCCCGGGCUCAGAGCUGAGAAGGAGACACUGCUCUGUAACUCGGACAAAACUGAGAUGAAUCGGCAUCAUUACUCGCUGUAUGUCCAUAAUUGUCGGCUGGUGUUCCUGCUGAGGAGAGACUUCACCCAGGUGGACACCUUCAGACCUGCAGAGUUCCACUGGAAACUGGAGCAGAUUUGUGACAAGGAAUGGCACUACUAUGUCAUCAAUGUGGAGUUCCCGGUGGUGACUCUCUACGUGGAUGGAGUCACCUACGAUCCCUACCUGGUGACGGAUGACUGGCCCAUCCACCCAUCACAGAUUGACAUGCAACUCACAGUCGGUGCCUGCUGGCAAGGUGGGGAAGUCACCAAACCGCGGUUCACGCAGUACUUUCGGGGAAGCUUAUCUGGACUGACCAUCCGACCAGGAAAGAUUGAAAGUCAGAAAGUCAUUUCCUGUCUGCAGGCCUGCAAAGAGGGACUGGACAUAAACUCCUUUGAGAGCCUAGAUAAGCGUGUAAAGUUCCACUUUAACCCAGCGCAGUCCAUCCUGGUGAUGGAGGGUGAGGACCUGGAAAACAUGAACACUGCUGUGAGGAAAGUUUCUUACAUAAACUCGCGUCAGUUUCCCACUCCGGGCAUCCGGCGCCUGCAGAUCUCCACCGCCGUCCAGUGUUUUGGUGAAGACACGUGUAUCACCAUCCCCACCGUUGAUGCUGUGGUGAUGGUGCUGCACCCCAGUGAGCCCAGAAUCACCAUCACUGGACUGGAGAGACUCACUCAGCCGGCGGCUGACUUCAGAGCACCAGGGGGCAUUUCUCUCUUCCAGGACCUCCAUAUUGUCAGCACAGUCACCAGGGCAGAUGGCGCCACACGACAAGUGGCAUAUCAAGCUGGACUGCUGGAGGAAAUUGUCCAUAACUUGGACUACUGUGAUGUCCUGGUGUUGGGGGAGGAGCUUAACCCGGAGCAAGAAUCCCUCCAAUUGGAACCAACUUUUCUGCUGGGAAAACACCUGGACGCCACCAACUCCACAUCUGGCAUGUCCAUAUAUGGUGUAGACUCCAUGUCAAACUAUGAGCAGGUGAUUCGACAGGUCCGCUACUACAACAGGCAGCCUGGACAGCUGACGGAGAGAAUGUUUCGCUUGACCUGCUCAGAGCUUAACGGACGCUACACCAGCAACGAGUUCAACCUUGAGGUGAAUGUCUGGCACAGUUCAGAUACAGAGGAGCACAUCAGUCACAUGGUGGCUCCGCCUCCGUACAUGCAAGUGGCCCACCAUCCAUCCAUGUCCAGCGACCUGCACCCCAGCCAUGUUUCAG